CUCGCAUCUGACAGACUUGACAAGGGCUCUCAGAGCAGGCAGAUUUUCAAGGGGAAAUGGCUGGUUUCCUCUCAGACCUGGUUCAAUACCGGAAGCUACUGCUAAUGAUUAUGGUGCUAGGAAUUGGUGGAACUCACCUAUCUGGUUUUCAACUGUCUGUGAUCAAUUAUACUUCUGUGUACAUUCAGAAGUUUAUCAACGAAACUUGGCUGGAGCGAUAUGGUUCUGUGCUGCAUCAGGAGACACUCACAUUAUUGUGGUCCUUCAUUGUGUCUAUGUACUGUGUAGGUGGAAUGAUAGGGUGUCUGUGUAGUGGGUACCUAACUGCAAAAUAUGGAAAGAAGAAAUGUCUGCUGUUUAACGAUGUGGUCCUAAUAAUAGCCACGCUGCAUACUGGCUUCAGUAGGAGAGCCAAGUCUUUUGAGAUGAUCCUGAUUGGGCGCUUCCUUGAGGGCAUCGGUGCUGGAAUACAUAUAAAUGCUCAUGUUCAGUAUGCUGGAGAGAUCUCACCUAAGAAGUUGCGUGGAUUUGUAAAUGUGACCUCUUCAGUGUUCCUUGCACUAGGGAAAGCUGUUGCAAGAAUUCUUGGAUUACGAGAUCUUUUAGGAACUGAAGACAUGUGGAAUGUGCUAUUGUCCUUCUCUGGGUUGGUGGCAUUGAUUCAACUGCUCUUUUUGCCGUCCUUUCCUGAGUCCCCUCCCUAUCUUUUGCUGCAAAAAGGAGACAAGGCUGGUUGCUUGAAAGCCAUGAAGCAGCUCUGGGGAGAAGGGAAUUAUCACACAGAAUUUGAUGACAUGAUGAAGGAGAAGGCUGUAACAAAAGGCACCAAAAUCAUGAAUGUCCUCGAAGUGCUGAAAGAACCAUCUGUGUACCCACAGCUGAGUACCAUGCUCCUACUUUUGCUAAGUCUACAGCUCUGUGGCCUGAGUGCAAUCACCUUUUACACCUCAGAAAUUUUUCAGACAGCCGACCUUCAGGAAAGCAUAAUCCCAUAUGUAUCUCUAGGAGUUGCAAUCUCUGAGCUCAUCUCUAUCAUCUUCUGUAGCUCCAUUAUUGAUCGUUUUGGACGCCGGAUACUAUUAUGGGGUGGUUAUUUGCUGAUGGCACUGAUACUGGUGUUUCUUGAAACAAGCCUUCUACUGAGUGAUCGGUUCUUCUGGAUGCGUUACUGCAGUGUUAUUCUCAUCUUCUUAUUCAUCAUUGCCUAUGGAGUAGGACCAGCUGGAGCCAUUACAUCUGUCAUGAAUGAAAUCUUCACCCUCUCAACAAGGUCCUCCGCUUUUGUAAUUGGUGGAAUCAUCAUUUGGCUAGGCCUCACUUUCACUGGAAUGAUUUUUCCCUUUGCUGUCAUGCUUCUUGGUCCUUUUUGCUUCUUCAUCUUUAUUGCUGUCCUGGUCAUUUCAGCAGUUCUCAUCUACCUGUUCCUCCCAGAAACAAAAGGGAAGUCAACCUCUGAAAUCACAGAAGAAUUCAAAGCACGUCGAUUUAAGAAGAAAUGUCAUCAAACUGUGGAGAAGAAUGCUACUGAAGAAAAGACAUUAUGCACCAAGCUCUGAUAGGCUACCAUAAGCAACUUUAAUUGACAA